UUGACCACGUGGGAACAUCGUUACUUCCUUUUUAAGUUCAAUAUGGCACCCAAAGACAAGAAGAAGGGUGAUAAACCAAAAAAAGAGGGCAAAAAGGAUGCCCCAGCUAAAGUGGCCCCAGCAGGCAAAUCAAAGGCUAAGGAUAAAGCCAUGAAAACCAGAAAGAAUGUGGUGAAGGGUAUUCAUUCAAAACGUAGUAGGAAAAUUAGGACAUCAGUACAUUUCUACAGACCUAAGACACUGUCACUUCCUAGACAGCCAAAAUAUCCAAGGACGAGUAUACCUAGGACUGAUAGAUUAGACAAAUACAGAAUUGUGAAAUUUCCACUGACCACUGAGUCUGCCAUGAAAAAGAUUGAAGACAACAAUACACUGGUCUUCAUUGUUGACAAACGAGCAAACAAACCACAGAUUAAACUAGCAGUGAAAAAAUUAUAUGAUAUUGAUGUAGCUAAAGUUAACACAUUGAUCAGACCCGAUGGAGAAAAGAAAGCUUACGUCAGACUGGCCCCAGAUUAUGAUGCAUUGGAUGUUGCCAACAAGAUUGGUAUCAUCUAAAAAGGACCUCAUUUUAUUUGGGACUGAAAUAAAAAAAACAAUCUGUA